CAUAGCCCUCGAAUCCAGGAAGCCGUAGCAGUGACUUUAUUGGUGCAGCAUAGCCAUGGCAGUGUUUAAAGCUUCGUAGGUAGCCACGACCCUUCACUUUUUCCACUGAUAAGCUCGAAUACCACUGUCUCACAAUUGGCUAUCUUGGUCACAUCUCUAUGGCUACGUUUCCUGCGUUGUGGUUCUUCUGGACAUGUACAAAGAUGGCAAACAUACUGGAUACAAAAGUGGAGGUGACAGGUUUCAGCAGAUAUGGUAUUUUUUUCUUGUUUUCUGCAAAUAUGUUUGAUGUGGGUAUAUGUAUAGCAAAGACAAAAGCAGCAUCCUUCUUCUCAGCCUCUCGUCAGGAAACAGCAAUACAUUUUCUCGUAGCAACAUCAUAGCAAAUCAAAGCGAUAUAUGACCACUCAGUACCAAUGCACUCUGUCCACAU